CCACCAACAACAACCCAGCUGACAUCGCUUCCAGAGGAGCUUCAACUCAACGAGUGUUAAGUUCAAGUUGGCUGACAGGCCCCAGAUGCUUGACCGAAGUCAAUUUUCCAUCAGCCUUUUCUCCCACCGAUAAUACAGAAUUGCCCGAGUCCGUUCCAGAGGUGAAAGUUUGCAAGAUGACCACAGAAAUCAAGAUGGGCCAAAGAUCUUGCCUGGAACCACACCGUUUUGAAUGUUUUUCGGAGUGGCACAGUCUUCUUAGAGCAGUUGCUAGGCUUAUACAUCGUUUAGCUUGCAAAGAUAGUGAGCCUUUACAGGUCCAGGAUAUGAUAAAGGCUAAGAGCGUCAUAUUCAAGUCAGUACAGAGAUCUGCUUUCAAGCAGGAAAUAGCUAGGCUAGAGCAAGGGCUCAACAUCCCUAAUCAAAGUCUUCUAAAUGAGUUAAACCCAUUUCUAGACAAGGAGGGUAUUUUGAGAGUUGGAGGAAGGUUAGCCAAAGCUAAACUCAAGGCAUGCAUAAAAAACCCCAUCAUCAUACCCCCUAAUAGUCACACUGCAUUGCUGCUCGUUCGGCAUCACCAUGAAAGGAUCCAUCAUCAGGGUAGAACUCUAACUGAGGCAGCCCUUAGAAAUGAAGGUCUGUGGGUAGUUAAUGCCAAAAGGUUGGUCAACAGUUGUAUUUUCAAAUGUGUUAAAUGCAGGCGCCUUAGGCGAAACUGUCAAAGUCAGUUGAUGGCAGAACUACCUCAGGAUAGGACUUUGACAGACCCACCCUUUUCCCAUGUGGGAAUCGAUGUGUUUGGUCCUUGGGAGGUUGUCACUAGGAAAACCAGGGGUGGUGUUGUAAAUAACAAGAGGUGGGCAGUUUUGUUUACUUGUUUAGUAAUACGAGCUGUCCAUAUAGAAGUCAUAGAAGGGAUGGACACUUCAUCAUUUUUAAACGCAUUAAAAAGGUUCAUAGCCCUCAGAGGGCCAAUUAAGUCAAUUCGGUCGGACUGUGGCACCAAUUUUGUAGGUGCGACCAAAGAACUCAAUUGUGUGUCUAGGUUUGGGAGAGACCCAAAGGUUCAGAACUUUACGAAUACUGAACAAAUUAUGUGGACUUUCAAUGUUCCUCACGCCUCCCACAUGGGUGGUGUUUGGGAGAGGAUGAUUGGUAUUAGUCGCAAAAUCCUUAAUGCCAUGCUUUUGAGUCAUAGGUCAUUGACGCAUGAUGUUUUGGUGACACUUAUGGCGGAAGUUACCGCAAUUAUCAACAACCGGCCGCUGGUUCCCCUUACCAGUGACCCUGAGAACUUACAACCACUGACUCCUGCACUUAUUUUGACACAAAAGGUGCCAGGAUGGAAGGACAUCAUGUUGCCAGUUCCGGACGGAACUCACCGUGCCCUGUGGAAACAGGUGCAGUCCUUGGCCAACCACUUUUGGAAAAGGUGGAAAGCUGAGUACUUAAGCCAGCUUCAAGCUAGAAGAAUCUGGCAAAGCCCACAGGACAACAUUGAGGUUAACAACGUUGUGUUGUUAAAGGACAAAGACUUGCCCCGCCAUGCAUGGCCCAUGGGCAUUGUAUUAAAGACCUUUUCUUGCCCGGAUGGUAAGGUCAGGAAAGUUCAAUUAAAGACUUGCAACAGAGACAAAGUGUCCAUUUUGGACAGACCAAUUAGUGACCUCGUGUUGCUUAUUGGAGAUGUUUAAAGUUCUAGUGUUUGUAUUGUCAUAUGUGCAAAGGUGUUUGUAUGUUUUUGAGUGGUAAAUUCCCACAUCCUGGGAAUUUAAGCGGGGAGUGUUCCGUCCCCCAGGACGAUGGUUUGCCUUACCUAUUGGUCGUUUGUUUGUUUUCCCUCCUUUGCAUUUUGUUUCAGCCUCUGGCUGCAAAAGCCUAGGAAAAGUGGCUUGGAGUCUGCAAGAGCUGGCUGCAGUUUUCUUUGCAAUGAUUGGUCAAAGAGUACAACAUCUUAGGACCGCCCUUUUUUACCAGGGUCUAGUCUCCAUUUUAGAGUUUCAUUCUGGCUAUAGUCUUCCAACGUGCUGGAGCUGUGCAAGGCUAACUGGGACAAAUCAUCCUCAAAACCAGGCCAAUCUAAGCCUAUCCAAAUUAGAUAAGUAUUGAAUUAUACUGAUCUGGAAUAGGAAAUCUAGUUAGAGGAGCAGGGUUAUUCCAUCGCUUCUAGAACUAAUCUUUGCUGUAAAGAUAGGGAAGGAAAGAGUUUCUCCUUCUAAUAUAGACAGCGUGAUUAGGGUAUAGUGGUUUUAUAAUCACCUUUGCCUUCUGGAACCAGGGAUAAUUCUGCAACUAAAACCUAUGGAAAUUUGUUUCAUUUUCUGCAACUUUAAGAUCUGUGCCAGGUUUACAACCUUGUAUGAAUAAACAUCCUUUUUUGAAGUUCUCCAGACUCAGUCGUUCAAUAUUUUAGGACAGCUUAUAGGGAUUUGCAGUUCGCCCGGAUAAAGGACGGCACGUUUCAGCUUUAUAGUUUUUUUUUAUUGUCUGGAGGACGGCACAGGAAUCAUGGGAGCUGUUUUUUUACAAGAACUGUAGUCAAGCAACAUCAUUUGCUCCAUCUUGAGCUUAGAAAGAAUGGGGUUGCAUUCUGUGUGCUUCAGAUGCGCGCUGAAGUACAACAAGCACAGUGAACAACAGCUUCUCCUAAAAUUCCUUUCUGAGCAUUAAUGAACAAGAAAGCAGACAAUCUUCCAUCACCAGCUGUCCCUAGUUUGUUAAAGAGCUAUAAGUUUGGCCAACAAAAUGGAAAUGAUCAGAAGAGUGGAGAUUGAGGAAGGAAAUGUCAUUCCUGGAUGCAUUUUGGAAGAAGAACUCAGGUUCUCUCUGGAAAAUUAAAUAUGUUUUUGUUUACUUAUGCAAAGCUUAUCUGACCUGAUUGUUUCAUUUGUUCCUGCGUGCAUAUUUUUAGUUUUGAAUAAAAUAUUUGUUGAAACAUGUUGAACUGUUCUUUUUUGCGGUGCAGGAACUUAUCCGUAUUCUUUUCAUGUAAUUUUUUAAACCUCUGUUAUCGAAUUUUUGGUUAAAAAUUGAGCAAUGCCCUGAAACACAAUUAUUUUACUGAGGUAUACCUGUUCUGUUUAGGAGUGAUACAAGUACAUACUUUUUGUUUGUCUAUAAAACUUUUCUGGCACACUAAUUCCUGUUUUAUUACAGUUGGAGAAAAGAAACACUAGUGUGUUAUAAAUGAGUCUGUCUGCUAGAAAGCUCAAU